GCUGCCAUCGAGACCGACGCCCGGGUGUUGGUAGGGGUGAGCGGACACUACAUCGGGUUUAAGGUCCGAAAAAACGAUAACUUUUACCUCCCCCUACCCUUCUAUCACGCGUUUGGCGGUUUUGGGGUAUAUAUUGGCGAGACGUGUAGGUAUUUGCUGUCACAACCGCCUAAACCAGAGGAUAAUAAACACUCGAUUAGAGCGAUGUGUGGCAUAGGGUUGAGGAAAGAGUUUUGGAAUCAAUUCAAGACUCGGUUUGCAAUCAAACAUAUCUAUGAAUUUUACGGCGCCUCUGAAGCUAAUGUCUAUUUGGUCAAUUUGAACGACAAGGAGGGCUCGUGUGGGUUUAUACCCUAUUAUUACGGAAUAUUCUUACGAUUGUUAUAUUCUGGAUGUAUUGUAAAAGUGGAUUCUGUCACAUAUGAGCCAAUUCGCAAUCGCAAGGGUUUGUGCAAAAUGAUUAGACCUGGU